GAGCCGGCGACCGCGAAGAGCAGCGGAUGGCCCUGUUGGCCCGGCAGGCGUCACUGAUGGGGGCCCUGGCUCAGAGCGGCGGUCGCCAGCCCGACGCGCUGUCGCUCCUCGCGGACGGCGGGCGCGACGAGGGGCUUGGCGAGAGCUCUGGCAUGCGACUUGGCGGCGCGCGCGGCGCCGCCGCCCUGGAGCUGUUCCGACGCCGGGACCAGAGCAGCCCCCAGGCCGUCUCCGCCCUGGCCAGGCGGAAUCGCCAGCUCAACAUGACGGGUGCUGCGAGCGAGGAGGGCAUGAGCGACUCCACGCGGAACUACUUCGCCCGCAACGUCCCGUUCGGGCAGGCGAGGUCGUCGGCCUUCCUGGUGUUCGGCAUGGCGGAGGUGUUCGACCUGAUGGAGCGCGGCUCGUGGCACGCCGCCGAGGCCCAGCUGGCGCUCCUCCUCUGCGCGUCGGAGCAGGCGGCCCUGAGGGAAUGGCGCUGGACGUCAGCCUGGCUGCUGACUCACCUGCCCGAGCCGCCCUGGACUUCGAUCCGCCAGGCGCCGGCCCGCGGGCAGAUCCGCCCCAUGUCCCGCUUGGCCUCGCCCGAGUGGGUCGCUGCAGCGAUCGGCUACACCAAGGACGCGCUGGCCCUCGAGGACGCGGAGCGGAAGCUUGCGCCGGCCGCGGCACCGAGGCUGGUGGGCGGCAGCAAUUCGCUGGGCGUGGGCAUUCGCUGGGGCUUUGGCCUGUUCCGCCGCCUGCGCGGGCUCCGCACGGCCUUCGGCGCCUUCGUCCGCUCCUCCAUGCACGCCGCUGGAUUCCAGGAGGUUGCGACUCCUGCCGCCGGUCUGCUGCCCUGCCCCCCGCCCUUCGGGUGGGCUGCUGGUACCCCCCCGCGGGGCGUGCGCGCUCGCAGGCGAUGGCUCCGCACUCACGUCGAGCACAUGUGGGUCAACGCCGUCAUCCUCGCACUCUCCCACCUGCACCUGGGCGAGUCGCGGAGCUGCCCGCCGCGCGCCCGCGCUGGGAGGCCUCUCAGCUCGUCUCAGUCCGAGAUGGUGUCCAGGCUUAGUAGGCUAGUGCGACCGAUGUGCCGGCCCCUGCAAUGGCAAGGUGGCCGCGUGGAGACGGCUGACGCUCUGCUCGACUAUCUCCUGCGUGCGAUGCAUCUCCCCGUGGGCGCUGUGGCGCCCUCUCCCGACUGCGAGAUGAUGACCAUUGACCCGAGCAAGGCCCCCUUCGCCAAGGCCGAGUGCCAUUUUGACCCCCUGGCGUUCCUGGCCCCGUUUGCCGCCGCCACGUUCUUGGAGCCGCGGCUGCUGGCGCGGGAUGGGCCAGGUGCCGGCCCUCUGGCGCGCGCGGUCGGGCCCCCGGCCCGGCCCGCUCCUGCGAGGCCGGCCCGCCAGGCGGGCAAGCCGGGCGACCUCCUUGAGUACCUGAAGCAAUGGGACGACGUGGGGCGACUGGAGCUGGUCGACGCGGCCGACUCCCCGCAGGCCCUGCGAGGCACCCUGUUUCCCGUGUUCAAGGACGUCAGCACGCAGAGGGUCGUCUUCAAUCGCAUCGCUCGCAAUUCGUCUGAGUUGCCACUGGGUGGCUUCUCCAGGCUGACCCCGAGCGCCGCCAUGCUGGUGGACCUGGAGGUGCCGGCUGGUUCCGUCCUUCGCGUCUGGGCGGGCGACCUCCAGGACUUCUUCCCCGCCUUUGACUGCACCUACGACAUGGCUUGCACCAGCGACGUGGCGCUCCCCCUCCCGACGAGGCUCUACGAGGGUUUCGCAGCGCUGGGCCGGCUUCGGAAGCGCUGCCGUCGCGAGGGCCGCGAGCUCCCCGAGAAAGUGGUUCCCUGCCACGGCGGCCUGAUCAUGGGGGGCCUGAGCGCGCCCGACUGGGCGUGCGAGUCCCACAUGCGACUGCUCGCCCAAGCCGGCAGCUUCCCCCCAGAGCGGCGGGUGCUGAACCGCCACCUUGCCCCCGAGGGGUCUGCCUGGGAGGGCGUCGUGCUGGGCGACCACUUCGGCCUGGCUGUCGACGCUCCGGGCUCGCGGGAAGCUCGGCGAGCUAUCGAGGAGUCCUUCGCCCCUGCGCGCGAGGGCUAUGCGAAGGCGGGCCUCAGGGUCAGCGCUGGCAAGGAGGUGAAGGACGCGGCGGAGGCUGGCGCUGGCCUGGGUGGCCUGUCCAUGGCUCGGGGCCGACGCUCCACUACGCUGGGACUGCAGAGAUUCCUUGGCAUGGGGCUCUUCGCCGCGCUGUUCCGGCGGCCGACCCUGUCGCUUCUCCACCACUGCUACAAGGAGGUCGACGUCGACCGCAACACGCACGAAGUGUUCGACCUGAGCAGCGCGGCCUGCAACGAGUGCGCCCUGUUCGCAGUCCUCGUCCCGCUGAUGGCCACCGACCUCUCCGCGGGCUGGGGCCCGCACGUUCUGGCUUCGGACGCCUCGCACCUGGCCGGAGCGUCCGUCAAGACGCCGGCCUCAGCGCCCACCGCCAGAGCGUUCUGGCGCCAGCGCGAGCAGCGAGGCGCUCGCACGUGGCUGUACCCCUCAGGCUGGGCUGCCAUGGCCAACCCCGAGGACGGCGCCGUCCUGCAGGACCUGGAAAAGGAUGCCGCACCUCCCCCUGGCAUUGUCGACCCGACGGCCUCGCUCAUCGAGUACUUUGACGUGCUGGAGCUCUGCUGCGGGGAGGAGGCCCGCCUCAUGGGGUACCUCUCGGGCCGGGGCCUGCGCGCAGGCCCGAGGAUAGACAUCAAGUGCCACAAGUACUGGGACCUGGUCGACUCGCGCCUAGCGGAGUGGAUAGUAUGGCUGAUCUGGCAGAGGCGCGUCAAGAUGACCAUAUCACAGGUUCCGUGCGCCAGCUUCUCGAUCGCGAGGCACCCGAGGCUCAGGUCCAGGAUGCGGCCCUGGGGAUUCGACCCAUCCUCGACCCCGACGCAUCUGGGGAACGUCCUCUUCAGGGUGGGCAUGCUGGCGCUGUUUGCCCACCUGAUCUCUGGCCACGGGACCGGUUUGCACGAGCAUCCCCUGACGGCCUACUCCUGGCGCACGCACAUCGUCGAGUUCCUGCUGACGCACAAGGCCGUGGACCGCUUCGACCUCUCGAUGUGCCAGUUCGGCGCGCCUUGGAAGAAAGACACUAGCCUCCUGGUGGUGCGGGGCUCCUGGCUGGCGCCUAUGGCGAGGCGCUGUCGCGGAGGGCACGAACGCGCCGUCUUGGAGGGCGGCCUGACCCCCAAGGCCGCGCUCUACCCGCACGGCUUCUGUGACGAGCUGUCCAAGCUGAUCGCCGACAGCCUGGACGGGCCGACCCCGCCACCCCCGGCGGAGAGUUCGGCGCCCGCUGGAGCGUUCGAGGCCCUCUGGCUGAACGACUACGUCGGCUUCGCUCCCUGGCAGCUGCACUGCCACCGCCUUUUCCGCAAGCCCCUCCACAUCAACUUACUGGAGAUCGACGCAGCUUGCGACGCGGUGGACGAGCAGGGCCUACGGUUCCCGGAUUGCAAGCACAACCUCCUCCUGGACUCCCGCGUCUCGAUCGGGGCCAUCAGCAAGGGCCGCUCCUCGUCGACUACGAUCAACAAGCUCUUGAGGAGGAGGGCCCCGUUGCAACUGGCCGCGGGCUCGUACGUUGGGUGCCACUUUGCGCCGACGCGCCUGCAGCCGGCCGGCGUCCCGUCGCGCGCGCUCCGCGACCCGGCGAGCGCUCUGGCCCGCGGGGCCGAGGCCCCGCCGCCCGCUCCGUGCUGGCUGGCCGGCCUCGAGGCCGGGGGCGCCUCAGCCUUCCGCGCUUGGGCUGCGCUCCCGCUGCAGCGCCGGCAGCAGUCGCGGUGGGCUUGGCUGGUGGCGUGCCUCUGGUGGCGCGGGCUCCUGCGGCUCGCCCCCCGACCGCGGGUGCGCGACCCCGCGCUGGGCUUCCCGGGCGAGGGCCCGCGCGGUGGAGGCGGCUGGCCUGAGAGGCCCCCUAUGGAG